AUGAUCAACGAUCUUGAACUGGCAUCCUCUAGCACUGACCAUUGGAAAUACGUGGAUGACGUAACAAUAUCGGAGUCCUUAAAGAAAAAUAAAGUUUCAGUCCUACAAUCUGAUCUUAACACAAUUGAAAGAUGGAUUGUUAAUAACAAACAUGAAAUUGAACGGAAAGAAAUGCAAAGAAAUGAUA